UUGCAAAAUUCUGGUCUGUUGAUCAUUCCAUUUGCAGUCAUGGUAUAUAUAUAUACUGAACACUGACAUAACAAACAACAUCUCUAUGCAAGAAACCCAAAUUCAACAUAGUUACAGUCUGUGCAUUUUCAGGAAUUGGUAAAUGGCAAUGAAAAUAAUGUGUGUGUGUAUUGUUUAUUAAAUCAGUUAUUCUGAUUUAACCAUUCUUUAUCUGAAGAUCUCAGGGUAGCUUACAAUAAAGUAAGUUAAAAGCAAUAAAUAAUAACAAUAGCUAUAACAAAUUUGAAAAUAAGAUAAAAUUAAACUUGCUUAAAGCCUUGUAAAAUAAUGCACAGGUAUCAUUUAGCUAAAAUCAAUUUUGGCUUCAAUAAAAAGCCAAGCAUUGAUUUGGACUUAAUGAUAUCAACAUUGACACUGAUUGGGCUCCAAGGAAUGUUCCAUUGCCAAGAAGGCCCAGAAAUAGGUUUAGCGGUUUAUCUGUACUGAUACUAUUGUCCAGGAUGAAAUGUUGUGAAAGAACAGUGGGGAUGCCUAUCAUGUGGGCAUGUAAAGCUGUACCAGAUCAUGAAUGUCUGCUGGAAAAGUGGCAGAAUAAAAUUUCCAGCAAUUGCAGGUAAAACUUUCGUAAUUGUUGUCCCACUACUAUACCAAAAGCAAUAAAAGAUCAAAAAUGGGGAAGAAAGUACCUUAUGCUUAUAGGAUUAUCUCCAGCUCACAUUAUUGUGAGCUUAUAGUGAUACGGUUAAUAAAACAGUAAGCACUUGCAGUCUUUGGACCCAGAAGGGUACGGAUGCACCAGUGGGAUAUAUAUCUUCCAUCUCCUCUCCUUUGCUUAGACUAGUGGUUCUUAACCUGGGAUCCCCAGAUGUUUUUGGCCUUCAACUCCCAGAAAUCCUAACAGCUGGUAAAUUGGCUGGGAUUUCUAGGAGUUGUAGGCCAAAAACAUCUGGGGGACCCCAGUUUGAGAACCACUGGCUUAGACCAUGCACAGUAGUGCUUCUAAGGGUGCAUCUGCAUUGUAAAAUUAAUGCAGUUUGACACCAGUUUAGCUGCCAUGGCUCAAUGCUAUGGAAUUAUAGGAGUUGCAAUUUUUCAGUGUCUUUAGGCUUUCCUACCAAAGAAUGACUCACUAAACUGAUUCCAUAGCAUUGAGCAAUAACAAUUAAGAUGGUGUCAAACCAUAGUAAUUCUACAGUACAGGUAUGUCCUAAAUUUCCUCACUUUAUUAUUCCCUAUAUUUCAGCCCAGAUUGCAGAGAGAGUUUUGAAUCUUGCAUCCUCCAAACUUUAGCACGGAUAACAUAAAGUAAAAUGCCAGAAAAGAUGGCUUCUAAUGUGUUUACCUUUUGUAUUUCUGUGCCCUUACAGGAAUCUUGGUUGAGCCAUAAUUUCUGCUCUUACAAGUCUCGGUAAAGAACUGAAUGCAAAAACAAUUGCAACCUUCUCAAAAACAACAUAUGAAAAGUUGUGGUUCUACUACUUAUAAAGAUGCCAUAAUACUACCCUAAACUUUAGAUGUAUGUGCUACACAUAAUCACAUAUAAAGAAGAUUACAUAAAGAGCAACCCAGAGGUUUAUAGCUAAACCAACCUGUUUCGUACUAUUCCACCUCUGCCUUAUCUCUUUCCUAUCGGUGCCCCAUUUGAAAUUUAACUUCCAUUUAGGUUGUCCUGCCAGCAUCAGUGCCAUCUUGCCAAUAUCUUUCUGUCUCCAGUGACUUAAAAGCACACAAGACAGUCUCUUCAUUCAGUAACUGUGAACAAACAGGUUUGGACUUUGUUUUUCAGCAUUGGGCAAUGGUGAAAUUUAAGAAUGUGUAAAGGAGUUUUGUUUUAACUCCUUGGUUUCAAACCUCUUUAAUAAUGUGCCUACUAAUGCCCAGUGCCAAAAUGAAUGCAUUGUGAGUGCUGAAAGCAAAUAAGGCAUUCGGCCCAAACUCCGCUAGUUUUAUAGUGAAAUUCUGUACGUUAUAUCAAGGUAGUGAGCAUUAAAGUGAUUGAAAUUAUAGUCAGAAAAAGUAUGUUUCCAUUUGUGAAAAAUGGGAUUUUUAUCAUAACCUUAUUGCUAACUAUUAAAGUAAUAUGUUACUUUAAGUAAUUAUCAUGUCUCAUACCGAUCUUCAGUUUCUCAUGCUCAUGAUUUCUCUCUGCUCUAAUUCUAUACUUUUAUCUGGGAGUAAAUCGCAUUGAACACAAUAGACAACGGAUUGCUGUGAGUUUUCUGGGCUAUAUGGCUAUACAGCCCGGAAAACUCACAGCAACCAGGUGAUUCCGGCCAUGAAAGCCUUCGACAUCACAGUAGAUAAUAUUUCUGAAUGUACUCUUAAGCUAAAACUGUACUUAAAAUUCUUGUUUUCUUGGUUCACAGAAUUUUAACACAGUCUGAAGUUACGGUAAUAGCAAGAGUUGUGCCACGUGAUUUUCAAAAUAUGGAUGUAGUAACUUCUGACACUUAGGACCAUGUCCCCAGGGAUUAUCCCAAACUUGAGUCAACUGUUUGUACACAUAUCAACAAGCCAAUUUUAGUAUUUUUUAUCUGCAACAGGACUAAGACUUUUGUAAAGCUAAUGGGUCUGAAUUGUUCAGUCAAGAGCUACCACAAAAUCUUGCAAUAUGGAGGGGUUCCCAUCUUAGCUGCCAUCAAGUUGACUUUAAUGUAUGGUGACUCAGUGAAUGAGAGACCGCCCAGUCAUCCUAUCAGUACGGUUACGCUUAUAUCACACUUAAGUGGCCUUACCAAUUGUGAUACUGUGAAGAACUUAACAGCAUUCUCACCUGGAGGUAUUGGACGCUUAUUUUUCAAUUUCACUAUUUCCAAGUUCUGCUUUCCACACUUUUGCCCACUCUCAUCUGCUCGAUCCCCAGAGAAGAAGCCAGUAGUGUAAUUUUGUAGCAGUUCUGAAUGACUAAUUUGGGUAUCUCAUAGAGGAAGCAUGACUUUUUAUUAGAAAUGUAAUUACAAACAAUGUGAUGGGUGGAAUGUGAGUAAAGGUAGGUCUUGAGUAUAUUACAGAAGCUACUGAGGAACAGAGACACAUGCAGGUCUUGUUCAUAAAAGCUGAUCUAUAUAGGAUUGGAGGUAAUCUAUUGGUUAAAGAAAUUCAUAAAAACUAUUUACUCAAAACCUUAAGAUCUGUUUCUUCAUGAUACUUUCAAUUGACUGGUGUUCAGGACCAUGUACCUAUCAGUUUCAAGGAGCUUUACAGAUAGGGCCAUUUUGGAGAAAAUGCCAUCAGAAAACAUGGUGCUUGGUGUUUCGGUGUCCUCUUCCCUCACGUUAUCCAUUUUUAUCACUCGGGGAAACAAAGCUGCUUCUAUUAUUUCUUCUACUACUCCAUUUCUCUUUCACCACUGAACUAUCCCAGCAAUUUCAGGAGUCUGGAAUGCCCCCGGGAGGGUAAGAAUAGCCAACAAUGACAGAGAUAAUUCCUGUUGCCUUUUGUCUUCUUGCAGUUGUCGGGCCAGAGGUGAGUGAGAGCAACGAAUUGGAUUUAGCUCUUACAUUGAGCCGCACUUUCUAAGGAACACUUGUUCCUCUCGGCCAAGUCCCGAAGCCUUCUUUAAUUACUCCUCUUGCUGUUUAACUUCUAAAUAUUUUUUCCAGUGCUGUCCUCCCUUCCCAAUUAGUUGUUUUUGAAUAUGCUUGAUUUCUUCCUAUUUCCUCAAUAAGUGAGGAUUCUUGGAACCAAACAUGGAAUGUUGGGACUCACUUGGAUUUUUAAUCCUUGCUCUCAGCUACAACGUCACAAUUAUAGGGAAGAUUUGGCUAACUCUUGUGAUCUUGCUAAGAUUUAUGGUGAUCUUCUUAGCAGCAUAUCCUCUCUACCAAGACGAGCAGGAACGCUUUGUCUGCAAUACGUUACAACCAGGAUGCUCCAACGUCUGCUAUGACAUUUUUGCCCCAGUGUCCCACUUUCGCUUCUGGCUCAUUCAGACUGUCUCCGUCCUUCUACCCUAUGCUGUGUUUGGUGUCUGUGUGUUACACAGUGUGGUCAGGCAGGUUGUGAAGUCAUCUUCUCUGCCUUAUCAUCGAUACAAAGAGAUAAAAACUUCGGUAGGCUCCAAAGUUACAAAGAAAUCAUCCAAAGGUGCAGGAAGGAGCAGAAUUGCUUGCAAAGCACAUGAAAUGGAUAUUCCUGAUUUUUCGGGAGCAUAUACAGUUCAUCUUCUUUUGCGAAUAUUGAUAGAAGUUGGUUUUGGAGCUGGACAUUAUUACCUUUUUGGAUUCUUUGUUCCAAGGCGGUUCUCCUGUAACCAGCCCCCUUGUACAAGUUUUGUUGACUGCUACAUCUCCAGACCCACUGAAAAAUCUAUCAUGAUGCUUUUCAUCUGGGGACUCAGUGGCUUUUCAUUUCUCCUCAGCCUCGUUGACUUGGUCUUUGCCUUCCGGACCAACGCUGUAAGAAACCAAAGAAAUAAGUUGCUGUUGGAGAAGUUUACAGCACAAGAGAAGUGCAAAUUCAGCCUGAGCCAUGGUGACCAGCCAAACCAAGAUUUGCUUGGCCAUGGGAGCAUUGCUGUGCCAGACAGUUGUGGCAACUGUUUGGUUGGGCGUGAGAUUGCAGGAGGCUACUCUUUCCAGCCUACAUUGACUUCUCAGCAAACAAUUAACUCAAACCUCAACAGUAAUAGUAACAAGUCUUGUGUUACAUCUGCUAAUCCAGAGGGCAAAGUUGUUCCUUUCUGUGGAAGUGGCCAAUCAGAGAUUGCAUGUGAGCAACCAAGAUGUGAACAGAAGACAUGUUCUCUCAAAGGGGUCUCAACUUUUAAACCUCAAGAUGGCUGCCAUCAUAGAUCUCAUUCUUCUGCCAGUCAUCACAAGCCCUCAGUUCAUUAUUCUGUCCUGGAGAGGAAAGCUUCUGAUGUCCAGUCUGUCUGCAGUAGCACUGGGUGUUCGCGAUCCAAGAAAUCUGAAUGGGUGUGAAAAAACCAGAACGGAAUCUGGUCUGGAAGAUGAUAUAUUUUUGUUUUGGGCUGAUGCUAUUCAUUCUACUUUUACUGUUGCAAUAAGUAUUCCUUUUGUAAUGGCAGUAGCAACAUAGGAAGCAUUUGGGUUCUGGGGUAUGAUAUAAGAUACUAUAAUUCCGCUUAACGGGCCAGAUCAGCUUUUUAAAUAGGGAAGCUCACUAAGCUGAACAGAACAGAAUAUCUGAACUUUAGGAGAAAAGUGGACAGCGAUUGAGAAGCUGGGGAUCAUAUCUCCCUUUUCAGCCUCCCAAACUUCAAGUCACCCUUUGUUGAAAACCCUUUUCUGCUUCUAUCUUUGAUGAGGAAAAAGCUGUUUGGUGUCCCAAAAUGGCCUUUAAAGUUUUUAAUGGAUAUUGAACUUUAGGAGGCAACUGGACCUUGUGAGAGGGGACUCCAUUCUAUUUGUUCAACUCAUGAAAACUCACUCCUGUACUUGUUCCAUUUCACCAGAGCCUAUUUGCAUUUCCCCCCUGUCCUUAUUUCAUUAUCUGUUAGUGCAGUGUUGUAGUUCGUUAAUUGACUUGGCUACCUUUUCUUGGAACAGAUUGGAUAUAGUUAGUUGCCAUGAUGGCAUUGUUGAUGGAACUGCCUCCUUUAGCUGCUUGUUCAUCAGAAUUGUUUCUUUUUAUUUUCUUUUGAAAGGUUCAGUUUUGCAAAAGAAUCAGGAAUGUGUGUGCCUAAGAGAUGUGGAUUCGUAUUCCUUGCAUGGUCGUCAGUGUGAAGUUUGGCUUAGCUGUGGGGAAAUCAUUUUAAGUAUGCCAGUUUGAAUGCAGUCCUUGUAGUACCAAUUUAUGGUUUUUGUUCCACAUUACUUCUUUUAAAAUAUUUUCUGUUUAUGUCUGCUCAUUCAUUAAUUAAUAAAAUAACUGUGCAAAAUCUGUAAUGGUUUUGUUCAUUUUAGAUAUUCUGUGAUAAGAUGCCUCACAUUCUGUUAGUAAUGUAUGCAAAUGCCCUCUGCUGAAGAAUUGGACCUGUGCACUAGUGUGCAAAAGAAAGAUUCAUAUUUCAAAUGUGAAAAUGUUUUUAGCCACCUGUUGAUUUACUGGUAUUUCCUUUUAGUUUAUAAGCUACCCUCACUUUUGUGGUAAAGGUGAGAUAUAAAUAAAUGUAUGUCAAGAGCAGGAGAAGGCUUCAAGGCUUCAAGAUCUAGUGUUAGACUGAGUACUACAAAUCACCAAAAAUGACCUUAUUUGGAACAGUCCCAAGAAUGGUUGUUAAGUUUCAAUUCAUGUAAGAAAAGAGAAAAAACAAACAAGGCAUGAAAAACCUCAAAGUCUACAAACUAAAAAACAAAAUCUUAGCGUGAUUUUUGAAUGGGUUCUUGGUCCAAAAAGUGCUCUCACGAUUGUCCCCAAAUCACAUUUAGUUGCUCCAAAGCCCCUUCUUAAUCCUCUCUAAAACACAAAAGAAUAAAAUUUAAUGAUUGGCAAUCAGCAAAAAUGAUGGGCAAAAAUGGUUGCUUGUCACUUUAGGCAUUUUUGAACAUUCAAGUGCGCCCAGAAGGGUUGCAAGGGAGAAAAUAGUCCCCUCUUUGUGCAGUUGCCCAUCUGUGUUUUAUACGCAUUACUUGCUUGUAAAACAGUUUCCAUGGACUUGGGUCCUUCAGGAAAGUCCUUCCAAGGAAUCAUCAAUGCUCUGCAGUUGGAAGAACCAAUUGCUGUCAAUCAGUACUUUCAGGAGCUUCUGGGCACCUUCAGUGAGAAAGAGCCUAUUAUUUUGUACCUCUCAUGUGACAGAAGGAUCAGCAGAGUGACAAAGUCCUUGUUGCAAGUGCUUGUCCCAGUUGGGGUACAGUCUAUGUGGAGACCUGGCUGUGCACAUCUGACAGUUCCUUUCUACUUAGCUUCCUUGGUUUCACAAUAGAAAUUCUACAAAGCAGAUUUACAGUCCCACUGCCUGAGACAUAUGUAGUAAGAUACAAUUUUACCUUUGUCUGCUAGACUAGAUGGGUCUUGGAUACAUUCAGGUCUUUGGGAAACAAAUAACUUAUGACAAAUAAGUUCCAGUGUGGUGUAGAGGUUUCAGCACUGGACUAUGACUGAAGACCAGGGUUUAAAGGCCUGCUCAGCUAUGGAUACUAUGGGGUGACAAAAUGCAUUAGAGAAAGAUAUGGACAUGUCUUCACUCACUGCCUUGUACCACAGAACCUUGGAAAUCACUAUGGCCCUACUAUCUAUACUGUUAUGUAAUGCAGUGUGAAACUUGAUUCAUAUAAUGCUGUUUAACUGCAUUGAACUGCAUUAUAUAGCAUUGUAGAUGGGGCCUACAUUGAUGGCUCUGACUGGCUUUUAAGAUGGGUUUUUGGAGACACUUUUUAUCGCUGUACUGACACAAUGACCAUAAAUAUGGAUUUUAAUGUUUGGUUUAUGACAUCAUAAAUAUUGAACAAGGCACCAGCCUGUAAAUCUAUAUUAUACAUGCAGACACUUAAAAUUUCAAGUGGGAUUUUGCAAAACUUGGCAGAAUCAGUUUAAAUAUACAGUGCAGCCUGCUUUUAUGUGGACUAUUGGAUAUUGUUUUCUCUUGCCCACUGGAUUCUGCUGCUUCUAUAGAAUUUUCUGGUUUGUUUUUUUCUAUUACUGAUUUGGCCUAUGCUCGUUGCAUGUUUUGAAAACUCUGUUACCAAGUGUUGUUUUCUUAAUGUCAAACUUUGCAUUGUGUAUUAUGGAGAGUUUUUAAAAAAUAAAUACUUUCUUACCAUGGA